AUGGCAUACCGGGGCUCGUAUUACAUCCUCUGGACACAGCAGACUCAUCUCUUCAAUGAGAUUGAUCUGCUCAAGUAUCACAUCGCAGACAUAGAGCGACAAUCACUCAAAGCGCAACAGACGCUAAAUCAUCCAGACACGAAACGGCCUGUCAGGAGAAAAGCCAAAUGGGUAGCCAAUUCACAACGAAAGUAUCUCACACACUUGGAGCGUAGCCUACACUCGCUCUUACGCUCCCUAUCGGCUUGUCAAGCACAGAUCGCUCGUAUACACUCCGAAGCCUCCUGGCAAGCAGACCAAUAUACCAAUGCUUGGACCAUGUAUCAUGAUCUUCAACACGAAGACUCAACGCCAACGCAAGAAACGUAUCAGCACCAAGCACGCCUUUCUAGCCCUGACUCUGGAUUCUCAGAGCCGGGGUUGUACGCUCAACCAUUCGAUCUCGACUUGUCUCAAGACCAAACCGACCACGUCUUCUCCCACGAGCUUCAACAUGCACUACCCUUGAUUAUAGACACCCAGCUCGCAGGACAAACUUCCACACCAACACGAACAACACCGUUGAGUCCUUCAGCGGACGAUUUCAGCCCAACGCCAAAAGCAUCCCACAAAGCCAUGAUAAGCCCACUCGCUGCCCCGUUCAGCCCCUUUGUGUUUGCCAAAGCCAACCCUCCUGGUCCAGAUUCACCUAUAAAUGCAAGGUCAUUGUUUACGCAGCCAGUUUGGACUUCGCCGUUUGAUUGGAGCGAGCAAGUUGAUGAGGAGAUGACGCCUGUGUCGCCUAUGGCAAGGUCAGAAGACAAGGAUAGUAAGAAAGGACACAAGAAACGGUAUUCUGUUGCUGCGAUUGAGUUGAUUGAGAGCCGCUUGAAGCACAAGAGACAGAUCAGUGAUGCAGCAAGGGGUUUGAUAGUUCAAGGUUGA